AUCAUUUUCUUGCUCCUAGUCAAGAAAGUAAUUGCCGAUAGAACAUCAAUUUUAUAUCAGCAAAAUUUUCAUUUAACGGCAAAUUUAACCCCUAAGUUUGAAUUGAAUUUCAAUUUCUAUCUCAAAUAUUUGGAUUGUGAAAAUUUGAGUCCUCGAAGGUUGACUAUAAUUUCGAUCUUAGUUUUAUCCUUGAAAUUUGACAUUGAUGUCAAAUUCAUUCUCAUAGUAAUAUGACAUUGAUGUAAUUUGUAAUUUGUAAGUGGAGCGUAAGUGAAGCGUUAGCAGCGUAAAAGGGAGGGAAAUUUCUCUUCCGCCUGGGUUCCGUAGCAAUGGUGGCGGUGGUGGGAAUGGAAUGAGAUCCUCCCUAACUCGUCUCCUCCCACCGAAAUCCACCGACAGUGGCCGGUGCUGCUGCACCGUCCUCGUCGACCUCCUCGACCGAUGCCGCUCGCCGGCCUCUCUCCGCACCGUCGGCUCCCUCCACGCCCGUCUGCUCCUCUCCGGCGGGGGCGGCGGCGGGGGUGGGGAGCAGCCCGCCCUCCUCGUGAAGCUCAUCCGCGCCUACGCCGCCUGCGGCGACCUGUGCCGCGCCCGCCUCCUCUUCGACUCCGUGCCGGGGCCCCUCAAGAACACCGUCUUCUUCAACGUCAUGAUCCGCUCCUACGUCUCCCACCGCCGCCCCCGCGACGCCCUCCGCCUCCUCUCCUCCAUGUCCCCCGGCCCCGACCACUACACCUACCCCUGCGCCCUCAAGGCCUGCUCCGACGCCGCCGACCUCCCCGCCGGCCGCCAGCUCCACGCCGCCGUCGCCCGACUCGGCCUCGACGCCAACCUCUUCGUGGCGAACGCUCUCAUCACCAUGUACGCCCGCUGCGGCCGCUCCGACCGCGCCUUCCAGGUCUUCGCCGAGAUGCCCCGCCGCGACGUCGUCUCCUGGAACGCCAUCAUCGCCGGCUUCGCGCGCGAGAGGCGCUUCGACCGCUCCAUCGCCGCCUGCAGGGAGAUGGCGGCGCUCCGCGGGCCGGCGCCCGAUGCGGGGACCCUCGCCAGCGUGCUCCCCGCUAUGGCGGACGCCGCGCCCGCGGACAUCGGCCUCGUCCGAGACCUGUUUGAUGAAAUGCCUGCCAAGGGCCCCAUCGCCUGGAAUGCCAUGAUCGCUAUCUAUUCCAAUAACUCCAUGGCUAAGGAAGCUGUUGGUCUCUUCGCUCGAAUGGAGACGGCCGGGCCGGAACCCGAUGCCUUGACGCUCGCCAGCGUGCUUCCCGCCUGCGGGCAGCUCUCGGCGUUUGGAUUAGGGAAGCGAAUCCAUGAAAUCAUUAAGAGAAAGGGGAUGCGCCCCAAUAUGGUGCUCGAGAACGCGCUGAUGGAUAUGUACGCAAACUGCGGAUGCUUGGCGGAUGCACGAGACGUGUUCGACGGAAUGCGCGUGCGCGAUGUCGUGUCGUGGACUUCAAUCAUCUCGGCAUACGGUACGCACGGGCGUGGGAAAGAAGCUAUUGCCCUCUUUGAAAAGAUGCGAGAAUCGGGAGUAGAACCCGAUUCCAUAGCCUUUGUUUCGCUUCUUGCUGCAUGCAGCCACGCCGGCCUUCUAGAAGAGGGAAGGCGCUACUUCCGUUCUAUGACCAACAAGUAUCGGAUCGUUCCUAGAAUCGAGCACUACGCUUGCAUGGUGGACCUUCUAGGGCGUGCCGGCUGCAUCGAAGAAGCUUAUGCUUUCAUCACAAAGAUGCCGAUUCGACCAAAUGAUAGAGUGUGGGGAGCUCUACUGGGUGCCUGUCGGGUUCAUUCUAAUAUGGAGAUCGGGUUGCUUGCGGCGGAUGAGUUGUUCAGAUUGGUCCCUGAGCAAUCUGGAUAUUAUGUCCUGUUAUCUAAUAUUUAUGCUAGAGCGGGGAGAUGGGAGGAAGUUACAUCGGUGAGGAGCGUCAUGGCCGACAAAGGCAUCAAGAAAGUGCCAGGGUGUAGUAACGUUGAGCUCGGGAGUAAGGUCCAUACGUUUCAUGUUGGUGAUCAGUCACAUCUGCAGUCAAAAAUGAUUUAUAGAAAACUUGAUGUUUUAUUAGGAAGAAUGAAGGAAUUGGGUUACGUUGCUGCAACUGAGUCCGCACUUCAUGAUGUUGAGGAGGAAGACAAGGAGAGUCAUCUUACUGUGCAUAGUGAAAAACUGGCCAUCGCCUUUGUCUUAAUUAAUACUGGUCGAGAGACGCCCGUUAGGAUAACGAUGAAUCUCAGGAUUUGUGGAGAUUGCCAUCAUUUUGCCAAGCUUGUUUCUACCAUCGCUGAGAGGGAGAUCAUCAUUAAGGACACUAAUAGGUUUCACCAUAUUGAGAAUGGGGUUUGCUCUUGUCGAGAUUACUGGUGAUAUCCAAUAAUCCCUCCCCAUUUUGCAACAUCCAUGAUCCGAAGACCUUCUGUGUUGAUCAAGAAGCUAAUGGUGAGGAAAGGUUGAUUUUCGCUCCUCAAUCGAACAAUGGCGAGACGCUGCUUUGCGACUCUUUUGGCUGAUGUUAAGUUUCAUACAGAGGGUGAGCGAUAGUUUGUGCAUCCCUCGCAAACUGUCUGAGAAGGACACGUUGCAAACCAGAAAUUUUUAGUGGAGUUGUGCGAUCAAUUUGAACUUUAGCAUAAAGAACUCUUCGGUAUAUUAUCCAAUAAACUCCACGAAAGUUCCGCUGUCAUAGAUGUCAGAAUGGUUGUGGAUAUUCCUUCGGUGCUGAUUAUAGAACUAGCGGCGGAGGAUCUUGGACAUUCCCAAAGAUGUCUAUUCCUGGCAUUUAUUAUACAAAUCGAUUUUGAAUGGAAGGAUAGCAAUUUUUACUGUCAAUCAGGUCUCUCCUUCAUAAUGUGUUUCAGACUUUCAAUAACCAGAAAAGGAAGGCAACAGGUUUUUGUGAAA